AUGAUAAGAGGGGAGUUGGUCACGAGAUACAUCAAAGACGACGGCACCAUUAUCUUGGCAGUCCUGCCGAGCAAUGUCGACAUUGCCACCCAAGAGAUUUUGGGGCUUGCGGAGGAGUAUGACAAGAACGGCGAGCGUACUCUCGUUGUUCUCACCAAGCCUGAUUUAGUAGUUGAACCUAGUGCGCAAGCAGCUAUCUGCGAUCUUUUUCAGAGCAAGAAACGGUCACUCAAUCUUGGCUACUUCCAUGUUCAAAAUCGCAGACCAAACAGCGGCUUAGAAGGGCGUUCGGGGGUUGACAAGAUUUUCCGAAAGCAACCAUGGGAUCAUCUUCCGCGGGAUCGAGUAGGUAUCGUAGCCCUUAAAGAGCAGCUUAGGUCACUCUUGGUUGAGAUUACCCGACGCGAGUUUCCUAAAUUGAUCCAAGACGUCGGCAACCAGAUUAGAGAAUGCAAGAGAGAACUAAACAGCCUUGGGCCCCCUAGCCCGGAUGAGCGCGAGCAACGAAGCUUUCUUUGUAGUAUUGUUGGGGCUUUCCAAGAUCGCGUCCGGGCAGCAUUGACGGCUGAUUAUAACGCCAACUCGGGUUUCGACGAGGAUGAGCCUCGUCUCAUCACUCACAUGGUGAACAUGACCGAUACCUUCAGCGCUGAUUUCCAUGAGAGUGCUCAUUCACGACGCUUUGAGAAGCUUGGACAGGUGGAGCCGUCCGAGGAAGUUGAGGCGCCUGAUGAUUGUGAUGAUAAAGCUGGACUCAUCAUCACCCUUCAUCGCUUCAUCGCCGCCGCACUCCGUUCCGUCUGUUCAGAAGAGCAAGUCCGUAGCAAGUUGUGGGCCGCAAUGAUAAAGAGCUUAGUGGAGCGCUACAAAAAGGCAAUGGACCAAGCGAGGCUGUCGGUCGAAGUCGAGCAGCGCAAGCAACCCUAUACUCUGAACAAGCAGUUUGCUCAAGCGUUGUCCAAGGCCCGAGGCUACCGAGUCUCGGAACUGCUCCUCCCCAAGGCUAGAAAGGACACGAAGCAGUUCGGAGGGACGCAGUUCAUGAUUCACUUCUUGGCGGCUGACCGGUUCAUUGGCAAUGUCUUUCAGCUUGCUUUUGACCACUGUCUGCUGCGCGAGCCUUAUAAUCCCUUGAAGGUUUUCACCCAGGAUUGGGUUAUCAAUCUGGAGGCUGAGCAGCUUGAACAGAUUGUUGGCGAGACUAGAUCUGCCAAGAGGCGCGGUCAGGGAUAUGCGAAGAAGAUUGUGGAUUUGACUAAUGCCUUGAAUAUCCUCCGAACUUGA